AUGGCGACAUACGAAGACAGCAAAUCCCCAGAGGGGCCCAGCUCCUAUCCAAUCUCCCAUACUAUCUCUGCAUCGGACGAAAGCAACACAAACAUGCCUUCUUGGGAUAGUGAUGAUGAUCCCAAAAAUCCUUACAACUGGCCUACUUCGCGAAAAUGGGCCCUGACUUGCCUCGCCGCUUUUGCCACGUUCCUCACGAUGAUGAACGGGACAAUGGCUACUGUUGCGCACUUUGAGAUCUCCGAGGUCUUCAACAUAAGCGAAACAUCGUUCCCCCAUUCCUACUGGAUUGUGACAACAUGGGCCCUUGGUGGUGCAUGCUCUGCUCUGUUUAUCCUCCCCCUCGCUGAGGAUUUCGGAACCAGACCAGUGUUUCUCUCGACCUACCUAGUAUUUCUCUGUUUUCUUGUGCCACAAGCUGUCGCCCAAAACUAUGCUACACUAGUGGUCACCCGCUUCUUUGCAGGUGGCUGUGCUGCCAUUUUAGCCAACACGGCUGCUGGGGUAGCUGGAAAUGUUUGGAGCACCGAGUGGUCAAGAUCAGUCCCGGUCAGCCUGUACAUAUUGGGCUAUAUGGCUGGGAGCAGUAUGGGCCCAGUAAUGGGAGCUGCAAUCUUCCAAUCUUUGGGAUGGAGAUGGAUAGGCUAUAUGCAGCUUAUCUGGUUUGCAGCACUAUUCCCCGUCUACUACUUCUUCUUCCAUGAGACACGAGGAAGCGCAAUCCUAACACAACAAGGGAAAUCUAAGGAUAAAGGAAAUGACUCUGUCGGUUCAGAAAAGACGGCUACGACAUCUACGUCGAGCUUAAGAAACCUCACUGCCAGUGCGACGAGGCCAAUGAUACUAUUUUGCACCGAGCCAGUUCUAUUCGUGUCGACGUUAUGGUCUGCCUUCACAAUUGGAACGCUAUUUCUUUUCACUCAAUCAGUUGAACAAGUAUUCAUGGAAAUAUACGACUGGAGUGUCACUCAGACCGGAUUCGUCCAGUGCGCAAUUGUGAUCGGCGAGUGUAUAGGAUGGUCUCUGAAUUUCCUAUCUCGGAAGCUUUAUCUUACGUCUACUUCACGAAAUACUGAAGUUCCCGGAGCUCCAAUUCCAGAGGCUAGACUCUACAUGGCCGUUUUUGGAGGAGUCUUUGGUAUCUCCGGUGGCAUGUUUACCUACGCUUGGACUUCCUAUCCUCAUAUCCCGUGGAUCGCCCCCGCCAUCAGUUUAACUAUGGUCGGGGCUGGCAGUGUCCUCGUUGUCUCAGGAGUGACCGAUUAUGUGGUCGACGCAUACAGUCACUACGCCGGGAGCGCAAUGGGGGCCGUUGCCACCGGAGAGAAUAUCUUCUCUGCCUUCUUGCCCCUAGCAACAUUCAGCAUGUACAACAAUUUGGGACUAAACUGGGCAAGCACAAUGCUUGCUUUUAUCUCUCUGGUGCUCUCGCUAGUUCCGACGCUUAUGUUUGUUUGGGGGAAAGAGGUUCGGGCCCGAAGCACCUUCAUGAACGAGAUGACAGAAGAUGGCUCUAAAAGGAGCGAUGAUAUGGUUUAG